UUGCGUCGCCCUCUCUGAUCUACAGCAACGAGCACCCACACUGCUUCUUGUUGCAAUGGCUUGGGGUCCUGUCACUGCCAACGCGGUGCGGGACUCGAAGACAGCACGGCCACAAAGACUUCUUGCUUCAUUACCGUCUCUCCUUCGUUUCUUGACGUAUCAAUUCCAGCAUACCACCAUCCUCGUUCUUGAGCCGGACUUUUACGGCACACGCUCUCCCCUCAGUCUUUUGGCUUUCUGUCUUCGAUCUCACCCUCGUUAUUGAUAACAUCAACUAGCACCAGCAUCGACGCCGUCCACCACCCGCUACCUCCCAAGGAGAUAACUGCGGCUUCGUCGUUUUGAUGUUCGUCACUGCCUAGCUCGAUGCCCCAGCAACAAGCUUUAGCACGCCCAGGCUUGGCGUUGUUUUUGCAUGUUCCUUACGGGCCUGGGCAGCGCGUGCUGGAGUAUACCACCUCCCUCAGGUUCCUGUCUCCGACACGUUUCAGUCAGAUUUACCUGCGAUUUUUCUUGCAAACUUGGUUCACCCACUUGAUACACUCUUUCUUUGUGGACCACCUGAGCCAGUAUUGCCUCACGGUGUUUCCCUUUUUAUGGGCCAUAUCUAGGACUGUUCUUGCAUUACAAUUUACGCCUUCAUUUCCUCUUUCAGACUAGAGUCAUAGCAUUCCUAAAAGGCUCUUACCAAGCUCUUACACUCUCAUUUUUGUAAACUGUUUUCGUGAACUUUCUCUGAACUUUCUGCAUUGAAAUUGCUGUCUGCUGUCGUGGGUUUGGUCGAAGUAUGUAGUAUCUCUUUUGCUCUCCCUGACUUUGCUGUGUCCCUUUUGCUCGUCUUUCUCAACAAGUUUUGUAUUGAAGGACCAAUGUACAAGCGCCUGUAUUUUUUUGUGAACGAAUAAAUGUGUCUGUUUUCUUG